AUGUUAGCUUAAGCUUACUCCAAGCGUCUGCAUUUGGUGUCAGUGAACGUGUCACCAGACUUCGAACUGAAAUAGUAUUGCUUUUACAUAAAUAUAUUUGUGUUUCUAGAAAGAAACCUAAAAUGGAUACUUCCGUUAAAGCGUUUCUCUUUUGUCUUCAUUUCAUUUUUAUGCUAAUUGCAGUUUCAGUUGGCAAAAAGGAAGCUGAUCUUAAAGUGACAUCAACGUUUAAACCAGAUGAAUGUUCGUCGCUAGCAGAAGAUGGUGAUGAGGUUGCAGUCCAUUACACAGGGUAUCUGGACUCUGGAACAGUAUUUGACUCCUCAGUAAAAGCUCAGCGAGAUCCACUUGUCUUCAAACUUGGAGAAAAACGAGUAAUUCCAGGUUGGGAAAUGGGUAUCAAGGGAAUGUGUGUAGGGGAAAAAAGAAAAUUGGUGAUACCACCUCAUCUAGCCUAUGGCAAGAAGGGAUUUCCCCCAGCAAUACCAGAACAGGCAACACUUACAUUUGAGACCGAGCUCAUCAGCCUACAAAAGAAGGCGUUCAAUCUUCCUAUAAUGAAAACCGUACAGCUCAUGGCAAUACCCCUAUUCAUUGUGUAUGUUGCCUACUACCUCUAUGACCGCUACAAGAAGGAAACAGCAGAAACAAAGGAGACAAAAAAGAGCAAGAAACGAAAGUAAUAGACUGGAAGGUUUCAAAACUAUUUGAGUUGAAAUCAUAUUCUUUGAAUUCAAAGAGGUAUUGUUGAUUGAUUUUUAAAUGAAUUUAAUUUUUUUGUGCGUACAUGACUUGUGAACAUAAAAUUUUGAAUGUAACCAUGACUACAACCUAAUGGGAAUUCUGUUUACAUUAUGGCAUCUUCUAUGUGUGUGCUAGUUAUAGCAUAUACCUUCAACUUCUGUAUUUAUUUGGUUAUUUUAAAUAAUUGUAAUGACCAGGAUUACUUUUUAAGUGGCAUUUAUUUGUUUUAAACCACAGACCACUCUUAUGCACUUUGACCAAAAAGCAGCAGAGAUGCACAAAUAAAUACAGCUAGUAUUUGUGAUUUAUCUUGUAAAAUGAAUGAGAUGGUUCAUCUACUAAUUUAAAUAAAUUAAAAUAAAUUCAAGUGUCUUCGUUAUUUGAAGCUAAAGCAUUUUAUUCAUAGUGUUUUUUUAAGUUGAUGUAUUUACAUGUUGUUCAAAUUAAUUUACAAAAAUAUUUAGAUGCAGAGAAAAUUCAGAGGAUAAAUUGCUUCUGGUUGCGGUGUAAACAGAAUAUAUAAAGAAUGUAGAAGAGCAUGUAUGUGUGUGUUUGUGUGUGUGAUAUGUAGGUAAGAAAUGCUGUCAUAGCAUGUCAGUAUCAUGUCAGCUGGAGUCUUAGGGAAAUAUUAACCAGUAAUAAGUGUGUGUGUGUGGUGGAGAGUGUGACAAAAGUCUUUUAGCAAAUGUGCAGCCUGGCUUGCUCAGUAACUUGGCCAGAUGGCAGCUACUUGUCAAGAAAAUAAUUUAAUUAGUGUAGCACCUCUGGCUGUGUGCCUUAUAUGCUUUCUGCAUUAUUGAAGAUCCUCAGCCUACAUAGCUAAGAUGUAGUAUCCAUCUCAAAGGUGUAUAAUAUACAUAGGGAGUAUAGAUAUUUGUGUGUGGAUGUUUAUGAAAUAAAAGUAUUAAAUAGAGGAUUCAGUCAGUUAUGUCACCAUUACCAGUUCAAGUGAAUAUUUCUAAUUUUGUUUGUUAAAAUCUAGCCAUAGAAAAAUAAGCUGAUUUUAAGAGUAUUUUAAGCAUUAUAAAAAACGAACUUCAUAACAUAACCUAACCUUCAUAACCUAAGGAAAUUAUGUAGGUGAAAAUCAAGAAAAUUGUUUUUAGGGUACUUUCAUGGGAAAGUGACUCUAAGCUAAUGAUCUUUAACUAUAUUUCCUAUCAAUCACAACAGUUGCCUAAAAUUGCAAGUGUAGUAGGAUGGCAUGUAAAUAUUCAUAGAGUCUAACAACAUAAAGUUCUGGAUUUUAUUUCCAAGAACUAAUGAUUAAGCAUAAGUAUCUGUAAGUAUUAAAUGCAUUGAUGAGCACACCGUUUUGUAUCUUCUUGCAACACUUUAGUGGAAGAAGAUCUGUUAAUGUCAGUUGUAAUUUUAAAACUCAUUUGCUCAAAAGGUGCAUUUUACAGGAUCAGCAGUGCUGAAAAGGAAACCAAAUGAACUUUUAAUGCAAUCAGAUUUGGCAGGGAUAUGUAAAAUUCAUACCUUUGGUCAGAUGUUUGUAAUUGUUUGGUGUGGAUCAGUAACUUGCCUUCCCCCAUCCCCUCUCAAGAUGCAUCAAAUACCUAUGACAAUGUUGACUCUAUUACACAAUACAGUCAUAUACAUUUAACCUGCAUUUAAACAGAUUUUUACACUUACACUAAUUUUAUGUUCUUUUGCCAUCCAAAUUUGUGUAGCUUACUUUUUAACAAAAUUGCAGUUUCAUCCCAAAAGAACUUAGAUUCAAGUUUUGGUGAUAUAUAUAUAUGUAUAAUAUCCUGUUGUUCAUCCUAUUUGUCCUUCCCCAUACUUACUGAGAGAAUAAGGUAAAAAUUUGUCUUGACGUUACUGAACAUAUUUUGCUUUACAAGUGCUACAUUCCAAAGACUUUUUUUUGUAACAAAUUGUACUAGUUAAUAUAUGCAAUUUGCAUAUCAAUCUGCCGAAUAUCUGAUCUCUGAGAAGGUUUUAAGUAUGGUAGUUGUAAUUAAUAUGCAAAUAACUUGAAAAGGUUGAUUCAUACAAGUCAUCACUCUUUUUCUUUUGGUAAUUUAUAUUAUUUGGUAGUAUGACUUAACCAUUCAAGGCAACGUAUAUAUAUAACUCAUUUCAAUUUCAUGUUGAUGAAUUUCAAGUAAAUAUUGUCAACUGGAAAGACAUGACGUACCCACCAUCCAGUUUGAUACUCAUGUGAUGCAGUUUACUUCCUGAAGAUGACCCAGCUGUGGUGUGUAUCUGAUGCUCUAAAGAGUUAAGGAAGGCAGUGGGGAAGAGGAAAGGGACACUGCCCUAAGAUAAAUGAGGGCUUUAACUCCACAUUCUCCAGUAAGCCUUAUUACUUUUUUUUUUUUUUUUAAAUAAAAACUUUUUAUUUUACCGAGUUAUUGUACUUGCUGUUGCAUGGAGUGACCAAAUAAAAUUACCUGACGGUUAUAGUCGCAUGCAGAACCCAGAAUAUUCUUUUCAUGCAUCUUUUUCCAAGUGUUGCUGCACUUCUCUCACAUUUUUAAUUUUUGGAAUUGAAGCAGUGCAUUAUUGUUUUUAUCAAAGCACUUCUUGUUGGUGAAUAUCUUCCUUGGUAAUUUUGCAUUUGAAUUUGUUAGAUUUUGUGGGAAGAAUACCAGAUGUUUCCUGUUUACUUUUAGGCAUUCAUUAAAAAAACAAUUUAAGGAAACUUUUAAGAAAUUUAAUAAAAGGUAAAGGCAAAAGUCUGGUAACGUAGUUUGCUGUAGAGGCAGAAGACUGUUUGUUGUUCACUAUGUCUAAGACAAGGAAUGCAUAUGCUGAAUUUUGAUCCUCUAAUUUUUCAUCCCUUGCUGGUGUAAAGGGUUCCCUUCAUUUCUACUCCCUGAUAAUUUGUAUCUUUGUGUCAAUCUUUGCACAUCAUGUAGACAAUAUAUGUUUGGUCCUAGCCCUUUUGUGAUCAGAUAAAGGUUUUCUUUGAUGUUUUUCCUUAAUGUUUUUAUCACAGGGAAACCAUUGGUUGACUUUUUAAUUUGUGUGAAUCAUUUCCAUUUUUAAUGGGUAACUGGAUGUACAAAACAUAAGAUUGUUCAUUAGCUCAACAACAACUAAAAAAAUCCAAGCAUUUUGUCCUUGGAGAAUGCACAAAUAAGGCAUCCGGCAAUCAGAACCUAAACAUUUAGAAUCACUAGCAGAUCAGCAGUCAUGUGUUUAUCUUGAACUGUUGUGUUUUUUCUCCCAUAAUAAGUGUGAUUCUCUGAAUGCUGUGAAAUAUUAAGAAAGUUUGCUUGCAUAGCACCUUACUCCUGCCCUGGGUAAGCUCAAGGCACUUCACACAAAAAAAGUUAUGCCACAGUCUUGUUCACAGAUUUCUUCAAGGGCACAGUACUGACUGGUCUCAAUACAAUGGAAACAUUUAUUACCACCAAAUAUAUUUUAUAUGCAGAUUUGAAUAGAUAACCAGAGUUAAACUGAAGGGGAGAUAGAUGACACUGUUUACAGGUUUAAAAAUAAUCUGCAUACUUUUGUUAAUUUUAUUACUGUCCCCCUCCUUGGUCAUCAAAAAAGAUGUAGUACUUUACUACUCCUAAAAUGACAUGGCAGCUCAUUGCAGUAUUUUUUUCAUGCUGUGUUUAAAGAAGAGAUUUAAAAAGGAUUCUCAUGUGAUAAAACCUUUCACUCAAAACUUGCUGUUUUGUCACCUUUUUCAUUCAAGAGCUUACUAAUUAUAUGGAAUGACAGCUCAGCCAGAUGGUUUUUUUUUCUUUCUGUGCAUAUGUAUGUCUGUUGAGAAUAGGAGAGCCAGCUUUUUAAUAUCAAUUAAUGCAUACUGUUUUAUGAGAUGUUGGGUCCACCAUAAUUUAAAUGUGGUAUUAGUUGUGUAACCCACUUCUGGAAAUACAGAGUUAUGUGUCGGUUUUAGCAAGAAAGAGUGUACAGUUCUUUCUGUCAACAUAGAAAAUACAACAAGUUAAUUCUGUCCAUCUUGUUUUUAUGGAGAUUAGAAUGCCUAUUUGUGCUUGCAUACGAAAGAGAUGUUUCCAUGGUGCCUUUAUUAAUUAUAAAUUUGAUCUUAAUGGUUGCAAGAUGGGUAUCUCAUCACUUGUGUCAUUAAAUGUGACUGGUAGCUGGGGAUAAUUUUUUAAUUAAAAUUGUUGAUGUAGAAAUGUUGCAAAACUUUCUGACAUUUAAGUGAUUAAAAGUGUUAUUUUUAUA